AAUUAGUCCUGAACAACCUCUGGCUUGGAGUUCCCACCCCCCUUAUCCUCAUGCUCCUGUCAGUCACAGCGAUAGAGAAACAACAUGGCAGACACAGGGAGUUUCAGCUUCUUUCUCACAGUUUGUGUGGUCAGUUGCCUGGUGGUGACUGCAGACAUCAUGCGCCCCACCCUGGUGGGUCAGAUGUUUGUGUUUGAGCUGAAAAGAGAGGUGUUCCAGAGCAAUUUCAGAACCUUCCAGACUGACUUCAUACCCUACCUCACACACUAUGGUCCAAUUACCGUUCAUCCAAUGGCCUUCAAGUGCAGCAAGGAGUGGUUCCCAGACCUGCCGGCCUGGCUCCGUUUCACCCAGAGGAACACGUCUGAAAAUGGCUUCCUCUACGGUACCCCACUGGAGGAGAACGUGGGCAGGAACACCAUCGAGAUCAUUGUUGUUAACAAGCAGACCUAUGACACCUUCAAGGAAAGACUGGUAAUAACAGUUAAGUCACCAGGGAAAAGAUUGCCCUAUCAAGCUGAAUUCUUCAUCCCGCUUAAAGAUAUAGAGGAGGUGCUGCCCACUGAUGUCCAGGAAGACAUAAAGGCGGAUGUCCACAAGAUGUGGGGAGCUGACAAUCUGGAAUUCGUCAACAUCACUUCUGCACUGGACAGGGGUGGACGUGUUCCCCUCCCAUUAAAGGGACACCACGAGGGGGUGUAUGUGAAAUUGGGCUCAGACCAGUACUUCUCCAAGUGUUUGCUGAGGAUCCAGAGCCCGGGACACAGGCUGGAGUGCGAAGCGACAGGCAACAGCUCGGGGGACUGCUCCACGUGCAAGUAUUUCGACAACUGCGUCAACUGGUGCAAGUCCGAGCUGAUUGACCUGUCCACGCCCGUCCUCCCCACUCCGGCUCCGAUCCCCGGGUCAGGGGUGAUGGACGCGGGCGGGUUCUACGACCCUCCCGAGUCCCCUCCGAGCCGCGAGUUCUUGGCGGACUACCUGGUGACGGUGAUGGUGCCCUUGGCGCUGGCUGUGAUCCUGUGCCUCAUCCUCACCUACGUCAUGUGCUGCCGGCGAGAGGGCGUGGAGAAACGAGAUGCGAAGACUCCAGAAAUUCAGCUUUACCAUCAGCGCACCAUCCACAGCAACGCCGGCGAGCUCCGGAGCAUGGCGGGGGGGCGCGCGGUUCCCCCACCUCUGUCCACUCUGCCCAUGUUCAACGCCCGCACUGGGGAGAGGAUGCCCCCCCUGCAGAGGCCCUUCGGCUCGGACAGCUCCCAAAUCCCCCUCAUCAUGGCACAGGAGGAACCGAACACUGAUACACUACCCAGAUAAAAAACACACAGAGAUGAAAAUGUUUACUUCGACAUCUGAACUAUGGCAAAGGACACGACUGAAUAAGUGGCUGUUUCCAAAAAGAUUUUUUUCCAUGGCCUUCUCCCUUCUCUCCUGGUUAUAUCCUUAUUAACCAUAUUCAUUUCUUAAUUAAGAAUUUUUGAUUUUGUGAAACUUGUUUCUCUCAAAUGUGGGUUGGGCUUCAUUUUAGAGGAUACUUUUUUGGUAACAGAUUUGAGUUGCAGCAAUAAACCCUUUUAAGUAAUUUAA